AGCAGAACACGUGGUGAUACACUGAGCGGCACACGUACACAUCCGUCUAACGGACAGGGACUUCUCAAAGGAUUUUGUACACUUCUGAAGAUGACCACUUUUAAAUACCUUGCCUGGUUGCUUACAUGUACCUCCCUGGUCUACUUUAGUAACUGCCAGGACAGCAUUGCGUAUGUUAUAGAGAGACUGGAACAGUUUGAGGAGGAACUGUUUCAUAACAAGGAUGAUAUGAACCGUAUGGAAAAAAGGAUAUUAAAUAUCAUAAAUGGCGCAAAGACGUCACUGAGGGCUGAGUUAAAGGAAAACAUAGGGGAUAAAGUGAGAGAAGCCAUGGCCGAGAUUCUACAAGGAGAGUCUCUUCAAGACAUGGUGGAAAGUCAGGUUGUCUCUGAAUUGCGGCAUCUAAAACAGGGCUACCAUCAGAUGAAGAGGCAGAUGCAUCAUGUCUCCAAAGAACUCAAAGACUUGCAGGACGAGACGAGCGUAUUUCAUGAAACUGUCCUGAAGGAGGCACGGGUUGGGAAUCGAGACAACUCAAGUGACGUCUGUGUAAGAGACAAACAUAGACUGGAAAUAGAACUACAGAAGUGUGAGGUUACCACUGCUGAUCUCAAGGCUGCCAUCAAGCGCUCAAUGACAUUGAAUGAGACGUGUCAGUUCCCAAAACAAAAACAGAAAACAACGUUUACUGUACAUGAUGCUUCCCCAGCAACUCAAAAUGAUACCUCUACAUCCGGGUCACCUGGGUUGACAACGUUCAUGACGACACCAAGGCUACCUGUGUCUACAACGUCAGUGACCACACAAAGACGACAAGAGGAGAGAAGUAGGAUUCUGAUUGCUCCACGUUGGUCAAGCACCAAGCAUCAGUUCCGUCAACUCAACAUUCACAAUAACUCCCUCAGUGUCUAUCCGUAUCUCACCAUGAAUUAUCUGUUGCCUAUGUAGCGAAGACAAGGAAACUUCUGAUUGGAAAGGCUCGUAAGAUCGUAUCAUCUGCCCUUGAUACAAGUCACGUGACAGUUCUCAGAGAAGGUGUACAGACAUAUGGUAUGGCAGUGGAUGAAGAUCGGGACAUUGUGUUUAUGACAACAGACUUCCCACGACAUUCAAUUAGCCGCAUGUCUACACAGGGGAAAGACUUUACAACCAUCGUUAACUUGUCCAACUACGGAAAUUGGCCAAGCGGAAUUACACUUGACAAUAAGCGAAAGAAGACAUAUGCCAGUAAUGGCGGGAAACUGUUCAUGGUGACAUAUGAUGGUCAAGGUCUGGCAACAUUAGCCACAGGAAGUGGCAUGUAUGCUGUGACUCUAGAUCAGACAGCUGGUGUAUUGUAUUAUAACAAUGAUAAGAAACUGAUGAAGAUGACCGUGUCCAAUAAUGUGAGUACAGAGGUGACCACUCUCACCGCUAGACCCUGCAACAUGAGACUGUAUAGAGGCACCAUCUACUACGGCGGCUGUGGUUCUCCAAUUGUAGGCGCAGUUGAUGUGACAUAUAACACUUUAGAAUAUACUCUCAAGUCAGUAGGCAUGGAGGGGGUUAAUCAUGUGCAUCUAUGUUUGAUUCCCUGAAUUCAAUAAUGGCUAUUCUAACAUGAAUUUGUAAAAUAUUAGAUUUGGAUCAUUCAGCCAGAGAUUUCAAAUCACAAUAGCCACCUCUGAUUGAAACAGAUCUAAACCAUUACCGGUUGGCAUUUUGAAAUAAUGAUAAAUUUAUGUUCAAUUUCGGUUACUCCUAUAUUUAAACUGAAGAGGUUCGAUUAUUCAAAGCACGUGGUACAAUAGAUGUUGCAAUAGAUGAAGGAAAACAAUAGAAAUCGCAAGGCUUGCUUCCUUUAAAUUAUGGGUGCGACCUUUAUGUUAGCUUAUGAAAAGCAUAAUAAUGUAAAUACACAUCAUUAUACUCAGUCUACAGGGUAAAAAGGUGAGAGUCCACUUGCGUUUCCUUAAUUCAGACUGAAAACCCACUCAAAACACCAAACUCAACAAUGCCGAUUCACACACACACACACACACACACAC